AUGGCUCAUUCUUCUUCCUCCUCCUCUUCUCGAAAUUGGGUAUACGACGUCUUCCCUAGCUUCAGCGGCGAAGAUGUCCGGAAAACAUUCCUCAGCCACUUUCUCAAGGAGCUAGAUCGGAAAUUGAUAAUUGCUUUCAGAGACAACGAGAUCGAGAGAAGCCAAUCCCUCGAUCCGGAGCUCAAACGAGCGAUUCGGGAUUCGAGGAUCGCCGUCGUUAGGAAACAGAAGGGCGAUUUUGGGAAAGUCUUUGAGAAGACUUGCCAGGAAAACACAAAAGAUGAGCAAAUUCUGUGGAGGAGAGCUUUAACUGAUGUAGCUAAUAUGCUCGGAUUUCACUCUUCGAACUGGGAUAAUGAAUCGAAAAUGAUAGAAGAAAUCGCCAAUGAUGUUUUGUUUAAACUGAAUUUGACUCCGUCAAAUGGUUUUGAGGACUUUGUUGGCAUCGAAGAUCAUAUAGCAGAGAGGAGUUUCUUGCUGCGUUUGGAAUCAGAUGAAGUGAGGAUGGUUGGGAUCUGGGGCUCUUCAGGAAUUGGCAAAACCACCAUUGCUAGAGCUCUAUUUAGCAGACUCUCUCGCCUAUUUCAAGGUAGCAUCUUCAUAGACAGGGCUUUCAUAUCAAAGUGCAGGAAAAACUACAACGAAGCCAACUCCGAUGACUAUAACCUGAAGUUGCAUUUGCAGAAAACUUUCAUGUCUGAGAUUUUUGGGAAAAGGGAGGUAAAGAUUGAUCAUAUUGGUGCAAUGGGAGAGAGGCUAAAGCACCAGAGACUUGUUAUCGUUCUUGAUGAUUUGGAUGAACAAGUUGUUCUUGAUGCCUUGGCUGGUCGAGCUCAAUGGUUUGGUUGCGGGAGCAGAAUCAUUGCGGUAACAAAGGAUAAGCAUCUUUUGAGAGCUCAUGGGAUUACUUGUAUUUACAAGGUUGGUCUCCCAUCUGAAAAGCAAGCUCUGCAGAUGUUUUGCCGAUUUGCUUUCAGGCAAGACUCUCCACCUGAUGGUUUCUUGGGACUUGCUUCUGAAGUGGUGAAGCGUGCGGGUGGUCUUCCUUUGGGGCUUAACGUUUUGGGUUCGUAUUUGCGAGGGAGGAACAAAGAGGAUUGGAUGGAUAUGAUGCCUAGGCUUCGUACUAGGCUGGAUGGAAACAUUGAGAGAGCAUUAAGAGUCAGCUAUGAUGGGUUAGGUAGCAAAGAAGAUAAAGCGAUAUUUCGUCACCUCGCGUGUCUCUUCAACGGUGCGGUAAUCGAUUACAUCAAACUGGUCCUCGCAGAUGCUGAUUUGGAUGUCAAUGCAGGGCUGAAAAACCUAGCUGAUAAAUCCCUCAUACAAGUAAGAGGGGAUAGUGUGGAGAUGCACUGUUUGGUACAAGAAAUGGGUGAAGAGAUCGUUCGCUCACAAUCUAACGAACCAGGGGAACGUGAAUUCUUGUUGGAUUCGAAGGAUAUUUGCGAUGUUCUUGAGGAUAACACUGGCACUAGAAAAGUCUUAGGUAUAUCACUGGAUAUGUCGGGGAUUGAUGAGUUGCACAUACAUAAGAGAGCCUUUGAAAAGAUGCGUAGUCUGUUUUAUCUAAAGAUUAACAAGAAACCAUAUGAAGAAGUCAGAUGGCACAUACAAGAAGGCUUCAACUACUUGCCACCUAAACUCAAAAUACUUAGCUGGAGUGGAUACCCAUUAAGAUGUCUGCCUUCAAACUUCUGUCCUCAACAUCUGGUAAAGCUCAAAAUGCAGAACAACAAGCUCGAGAAGCUGUGGGAAGGAGUUCAUCCCCUCAGAUCCCUCAAACGUAUGGAUUUGUCAGGAGCUAAAAACCUGAAAGAAAUCCCAGAUCUUUCGAUGGCAACCAAUCUUGAGAAAUUGUUGCUAAGAAGCUGCUCGAGCUUGGUGGAGAUUACUUCUUCUAUACGGCACCUCCAUAAAAUGUUGGUGUUGGACAUGAGUAGGUGCACAAGACUUGAGGCACUUCCAUCAGGAAUCAAUCUCAAAUCUCUCGAUAAACUCGAGCUCAGUGGAUGCUCACGACUGAGAAGUUUUCCUAAUAUCUCAAGUAACAUUUCCAAGCUUGAUCUAAGCCGAACAAGUAUCGAGGAAUUCCCCUCUAAGCUUCGUCUAGAGAAGCUCAAUACCCUUCAAAUGAAAGAAAUCAAGAGUCGUAAACUGUGGGAAGGAGUGCAGCCACUUACAAGCCUCAAGUCGUUAGAUUUGUCCGGAUCUGAAAAGCUGAAAGAAAUCCCAGAUUUUUCGUUGGCAACCAAUCUUGAGUGGAUGCACCUCAAGGGUUGCACAAGUUUGGUGGAGAUUCCUUCUUCGUCUAUUCAGAAUCUUAAGAAGUUGAGUUAUUUGAGCAUGGAAGAUUGCAGAGAGCUGGAGGCACUUCCAAGCGGUAUCGACCUUGAAUCUCUCGAUUCUCUCAAUCUCGGUGGAUGCUCAUGCCUAAGGAUUUUUCCUGAUAUCUCACGCAACAUUUUCUUCUCAUUCUAA